AAUGGCUGGAAGAAAAAUGACAGUAGCUAUUAUAAACACAACAGUGAACACAUGUGCUUACAAUGGCAUGGAACUCAGUCAAUCAGUAGAUACAAAUAAUCUAACAGUCAUUUAAACAUGGAGUCAAACCAUGUCAGCUAAUAGUUGACCCAUUAGUUACAGACCAGUUCAAGUGACAAUGUUUGUGGAUUAGAUUCUAGUUAUUUUAAUAUCUUUCUCAAUGGAUCUACACAUGGGCCCGGUAUUUCUGUUUUUGUUACAAAUUUGGACAUUGGUGGUCAGUGGGGCUGUUGAUGACACAUGGGAUGGACUGAACAUAAAAUUUGGAAAACAUAGACCUUUACCAAAACGAAGAGAGGGAGCAGAGAGAGAAAAUUACAAAAGGCAAAAUGACAUAUGUAAAACUGAACAGUAUCACGGCUUUCUGUACCGGCUAGAAGAUGACUCUAAAUUGUUACCUAUUUAUGAUUUAAAUGGUUAUCUGUCGGGGAUACAAGCCAUUAUUCCUGCAGACAUGGAGGGUUACAAUUCUUUGAAUGAGAGCAUUAUGUUACCACCUCAUGAAAUCAUGCCUCCUGUCUUAGUGAGCAAAUCUGACGUCCAUCUGUACACCAUCACAGCUUAUUUCAAACACCCUCAGCAUCUCUGUAGUCCAAUUCACCUGACGAACGUGCCAGCAGGAAAGGGACUCUACAUACAGACGGGAUACGAUCCUAUUCGCAACUUUGAACAAAUUCCACUGGAAGUGAAAAAUCUUUCCUCUCUAUGGAAAAAAGCCAGGUGUUUGCCAACCAUGGGUACCCACUAUUUUUACAAUGUGUCUCGAGACAUGCAGUGUGAACGCCUGCACCCCGUAUUCCUAAUGUACGACAGUGAGGGGCAGCUAGGGGCAUUUGGAUGGACCUUUCAGGGGCAGCCUUACGAGGGGGCCUCAUCUAUAGUGUCCUGGUAUCAGAUAGAACCCAAGACAUUUUAUUUCAUCUUUGAUGUGAACCAGCUUCCUCCCUGUAUGCUCAACCCAAACUUCCGAGUGUUCGGAAUCCACAUCUGGCUUCAGAACCACAACAAAACAACCAUGCGGUGUAUUGCGCCUGCCACACCAGCACCACAGCAAUCCACCACCGUAACAUACAAAGAAGGGCACCACAAUGGCAGGGGUAGCCCUGAUGCUAACAAUGUCGAUUUCAGCCAAAAUGGCGGUGACAAAGACCUCUCAAACCACAGGAAGUCAGAGAUCAUUCAGCCACCGCUGUCCAACAAAAAAUCUUCUGGAGGAAACUCUACAACUAAAGACACAUCCAGCAUGUGCUUGUUUUUAUUUGUUUGUAUUUUAAGGACAGUUUUAUCUAAUUUUAUUGUGCUAAUUGUAUAGCAAAAGUACAUACACUGUAAAUGUUUUAUCAUUAUUUUCCAAUCCUGUUUUAAUACACCAAAAAGCCUGCUCAAUAUUACAGUGUUAUGCACUAGCUGCUAAAUAUUACAAGCUGCGAGUCAAAUUCAAUUUCUUGUCAAGCGUACAAGUAUCUUUCCUGUAAAUUUAAAAGUUUUUUUUGUUGUAAUGCCUUAUGUUAAUUGCAUUAAUGCUUAUGAUAUGUUCAUUUCUCGUGGGAAAUGAAUCCGAUGAAUGGGUAGUUAGUUAGUGCAAUCUUAAUUUCUGUGUCAAUCUGGACUAAACUAUAAAGCAUUAAAAAAAUUUUGGAAAGAUUUUGAUCUCCUAAACUCUACAUGGAAUAAAGCUAUUAGGUAGAUCAGCAAUAGGAUCACCGACAUUUCUCCAUAUUCCAAGACAGAAAAAAGUUGCUUUGAUUGGCCGAUAAGCUUAGAAUUUUGUGCUAAAAUCAAUGGUUAAAGUAUAGGAACUGUGGCAAUCCAUUGUAACUAAAUUGCUGAUGCCUGCUUCAUUUUAAAAACAGAGACGUGAAUUAAAAUGGUUAUAUCCACACUUCAUUGCCAACUCAGAACCAAGUUCCUCCAUGACAAAAUUUCAAUUUCAAAUAUCUUAUGUCGAAAAAGCUCAGAUUUUUAGUUGAUAAAAAUAUAAUUAUGAAGUACCUAGUACAUGUACAAUAUGUUUAUUUCAGAUAUCAGAUGUUUUAUAUUAUUUUUCAUACCCUAUAAUAAACUAUCUGUAUAUAAUUACAUGAAUAUAUCAUGAAUAACUAUGCUGUGAUAUUAGUUGGUAGUUGUUCAUCACUAGAUUAGAAAAAUGUAGAGUUCCAUGGAUAAAGGGAAAUAACUCUUUCAUACAAUACUAUCCAUGCUCUCUGCACAACUCAGCAGAUUUUUAGCAGAAUUAGCAGGAUCUUUCAGAUGCUUUACCUUGUAUAGGUACUAAGCUAUUCAGAAAAAGAUGCAUUUUACAGAAUCACUGUGAUGGCUCUAAACUAAUGACUGACUUUUCACCUCUGACAAUUUCACACAAACCAACAUGACACUUUAAAAUUCAGUCAACUUCUACAAGCACCAUGUGGAAAGAUACGAGUCCGACUGUUUUAAGACAAGUCUGGUUGUGUAACUGUUUUAAGUAAACACACGACGGAAAAGCGCACUACACUGAAUGACAUAUAGACUGGUGUGAUAUACUACAUGUAUGUCAUCCAUCCAAAUCAAUGUAUCACUGGUUCAGAGCGCUCAUGGUGAUUCUCAAAUGAUUCUAAAAGAAUCCUCAUUUACAAGAAUAUUUUUACAUAUUUGUGAAAAAUGAAAUGCUUCGAUAUAUCCUUUUCCGUGGCCAUCGCUGUUUUCCUUUAUAUAUAUAUAUACAUGUAAUACAUUUCAUCUUUUUUAAAGUGAACUGUAAUUAAAAAGGCUUUUCGAGAGAAAUUUCACGAGGUUUUAAUUUUUUGAUGUUCUGUUAUACAACAUAUAUUGUUCGUUAACAGUGUCUUGAAAAUGCACUGAUGUGCGUGCUCCCUCCAUUGUUUUCACAUCAGAAAUAUAUCUGUUCACAUGUACAAAAUCUCAACUUGAUAAAAUCAAAGCAUCAUUGAUUUCAUCAAAAACAUCAUCACCAGUAUGAAUUGAUGAAUUAUCAUUUCCAUGAUACAACAAUGUAGUAAAUCCAUAAAUACACCCCCCCCCCUACCCAUUGACUAAGCUCCUUGUCUUGUUAUCUUUACGAAGGACUACAUAGGAUAACAAUAUUUUUUUGCCCCCAUAAAAUUCAAAAGCUUUUAAUAUAAGGCUAAACCCUGUUCUUUAUUUCAUAAAAGAGAAUAACUGAAAUACAGUUUCACAUAAUAUGAAUUUAAUAUUUUCGUUCCUUUUUGGUAAAAUACUUAUUUUUGUGAACUUUAACAUAGUGUGCAGUUUUGGACAAACAAAUUUUUUAGUUGCUUAUUUGCACUCAAAAGAUAAAUCUAUGGAAUAAAUAUGAAGUUUGUCUAAACCUGUGCCUAAUGUUUUCUAAAUAAAAAAAAACAAACAAAAAAACAACAAAACACAAAAAACUGAAAUAUAGCCAUUUCGUGUCAAAAUAAUGGAAAAGGCAGGAAAACAUUAUUAUGAUGCCAUAAUUUAGAUCCAAGUCUUUUGAAGAAAUUGAGCAAAAAAAAAAAAAAAAUAAUAAUUCUUGCACAAAACAUACUUCCACUUGAUUUUGAAACAAAAGCAUUGACUGUCAAAUUUAGUGGUCACAUAGAGCCCUAAUCUACUAUAGUAACAGAAGUGAAUUAAUUACCCAUAAUUCACUAAUCAUAGGAUAACAACACAAACUGGAACUUAUACAUUUGUCAUUUUGUUAUCUGACCUUGACAAUACCAUGGGGAAAAAACUUGGAUAACAUUCUCAAAAUGUUGCAGGGUUACCCUAAAAUUUUCUGCAAAAUAAAAUACUUUCUUUAUACAACUUGUCAAGAAAUUGUUUAGCUAUACUUUGGCUUUCUUUUGUCUUGAGGUAUUUGCAGAAAUUCUUUUUACAAUUGAUUGAGCAAUAGUUAAGAGGAAUGUAUUAUUUUUGUACAAUCUUUCAAUGAAUCAUUUCAAUAUAAUUCAAAGCUUUCAAAGGGAUACCUUAAAUAUAGUGAAAAAUCUGAUCAUUAUGCAUGGAAUCAAUUAAACCUCAUUAAUUUCACUUCCAGUUAGAAGCACUGUUUUAUUUAUCAACAUAAAUAUUUUCUCAUAUCUUGUACAUGCAAUUACUUUAUCCAGAUAUUUACUUUCACGUUCAAAUGCACUUAUUAAGCCUUAUACAUGUAUGAAUACAUUGUCUGUUUUGUGAUCAUUGGAAUGAUUACUUUUAUAUUUGUGUACGAGUUGGUUUUCAUUUUCUAACACAGUGGGUAUGUAAAUAAUUAACUAUAUCAUUCAGUGUUUUAACCUUAUUGUGAUAAAUUUCUGAAUCUCAUGUGUGUAAAUGUGUGUGUACAUGUAUCAGUGUGAAUAAAACAUGGAAGUGGUUGGUACUGAGAUUCUGGUAAAACUGAAAAUGUCACAGUCUUGUUGAUAUAAAUCAAUGUGAUUCACAUCAAUGAUGGCCUCUUGUAAAUUGAACUUUAAACUCGGGUGUCUGUUGAGCAAGUAAUGCAAAAUAUUUUACAUGUAUCUGUAUGCAUGAAUUGAUUCAUUUUAACUUGAAAAAUCAUGGAAUAAAGUUUAUGCUAACUAGAA